CACAGUCGAUUAAAGAUGGCGUACGUCGUUGGUAGAGUCGGCAUCGCUUCCGCGUUAAAUCAGGCGAAAUUAUGCUCGCCAGUGGCACUGUCGUGCAGUACUGCGGGGAACCGUUACUCGACUGCGCCCGCGGCAGGCAAGUCCCGCUCGGGAGUCAAGAACAUUGUGCUCGUGGAAGGGGUUCGCACGCCAUUCCUCCUGUCCGGCACCAAGUACAACAACCUAAUGCCGCACGACCUGCAGAGGAUGGCCUUUCUGGCCCUGCUUAGAAGAACAGGGGUGCCAAAGGAGGCCAUCGAGUACAUUGUUUCUGGUUCAGUCAUUGCAGAGCCAAAGACUUGCAACGUCGCUCGAGAGGCAGCGUUGUGCGCCGGCUUUUCCGACCGGACCCCAUGCCACACCGUCACACAGGCCUGCAUUUCGUCCAAUCAGGCCAUCACUUCGGCCAUGGGCCUGAUCGCGUUGGGAUCACACGACGUCUGCAUAGCCGGCGGAGUGGAGUUCCUGUCGGACGUGCCGAUUCGCGUGAGCCGUCCGCUGCGCAAGAUGAUGCUGGGCGCCAGCAAGGCCAAGACGCCCAUGCAGAAGCUAAAGCUGCUGUCCAAGUUCAGGCCAGGGAUGCUGGCACCCGAGCUCCCUGCAGUGGCCGAGUUCACCACGGGCGAGGUGAUGGGUCACUCGGGCGACCGCCUGGCAGCGGCCUUCGGAGUCACCCGCCAGGAGCAGGACGAGUUUGCCCUGCGCUCGCACAGCCUGGCCGACAAGGCGACCAAGGAAGGGCUGCUCAGCGACCUCGAGCCAGUCACCAUCCCUGGUGAAUCUGCGCAGGUGUCUGCAGAUAAUGGCAUCCGGGUGUCUACCUUGGACCAGAUGGCCAAGCUGAAGCCGGCGUUCAUCAAGCCCCACGGAACCAUCACAGCUGCGAAUUCUUCCUUCCUGACGGACGGGGCGUCCGCUGCCCUGAUUAUGUCGGAGGAGAAGGCCCUGGCCAUGGGACUUAAGCCCAAGGCAUACCUGCGGAGCUUCGUGUAUGUCGCCCAAGACCCCAAGGACCAGCUGCUUCUCGGUCCCGCCUAUGCAACCCCGGCAGUGCUUGCUAGGGAGGGGCUCAAGAUGUCCGACAUCGACGUCUUCGAAUACCACGAGGCGUUUGCCGGACAAAUUUUGGCCAACCUGAAGGCCAUGGACUCCGAUUACUUUGCACAGACUUACAUGGGAAAAACUGCCAAGGUCGGCACGCUGCCCAUGGAGAAGCUCAACACCUGGGGUGGAUCCCUUUCGCUGGGCCACCCGUUCGCUGCAACGGGAGUGCGUCUGGUGACCACCGUGGCCAACCGACUCAUCAAGGAGGACAAACAGAUCGGCCUUACGGCCGCCUGCGCUGCCGGCGGUCACGGCCAUGCCAUGAUUGUGGAGAGGUACCCCAGCAAAUGAGAGGCCUUCUUUUGUCUUCUUGACAGCAUGUUAACACAAGCGUAUGGCUUUCUUUUUUUUUUUUUUUUUCAGAACCAGUUUAAUAAAGUGUACAUAUUGUA